AUGACCUCUCACGAACAGCCCAAGGAUCCGACAGAUGCAAAGCAAGAAAUCGCAUCCAAAAUAAAACACAUUCUGGAUGACACUUGCUUUGCCGUAUCUGAUCUUCGGAGGCUGACUGGAGGCACGGCCAACUUCAUGUAUCAUGCUACUCUCAAACAAUCAUCAUCCAAAGAUAAAUACCAAGAUGGUGUCGUGAUUAAACAUGGCGAAGGCUAUGUUGCAACGCAUCCAUCAUUCAAGAUAUCAACAUCCAGAUGUGCUGUCGAGAAUGGAUCCCUUGUUCAUCUCGCUGCGCUCCCUCCAUUACAAAACUCGUAUUGUACAAUAUCAACUCCGAAGACCUAUUACUUCGACCACGACACCAACACCCAAGUUCAGGAAUAUCUCCCGCAUGCUCUUUCUCUCAAGGAAUACGCUCUUAAGCACUACUCUUCCUCUUCCCAAACUCACAGGUCACAAUGCGAUCAGUUUGGCCAUGCCCUAGGAGCUUGGCUUCGUGCGUUCCAUGGCUGGAGCCAAGAACCUAAGCAAGCCGCCAUGCGGGAGACGUUUGCGGGGAAUAACGACGGGCAGGGCCUUAAAAAUGUGAUCAAUUACCAACAGCUGCUGCAGAUGGUCGAUCAGCACCCAGAUGUUCUUGGCGAUGCAAGGGACGUUUUCCAGGGUGUUAGCGAUCUAGCGGCUGGGGAGCUUCUUGAUGAAACAGAUCUCUGCCCUAUCCACGGCGAUUUCUGGACUGGAAAUGUCUUGGUUUCGGACGCCCCUAUAACAGGUAGUGAUCGUAUACCUAUCCGCGUCGUCGACUGGGAACUAUCUCAGCUUGGUGUCCGGCCUCUUGAUCUUGGCCAAUUCAUAGCCGAGCUCUGGUCGCUGAAGCUAUACAGGGACAUAGAUGCUGGCGAGUGGCUCAUCCAGGCUUUUGCUGCUGGUUACGGUCUGGUAGACGAUAACUUUGCAUAUCGUACAAUCAUUCAAGUUGGUGUUCAUCUUAUUUGCUUUGGGCGUUAUUGGUCCACGACUCCAGGAGAAUUGAGAGAAGGUGAGCAGCAGAAAAUCAUGUACCGGUUAGGCAAAGAGGUUAUAGUCAAGGCUUGGAGCAGAGAUCGAGAGUAUUUCCAAGGACAUAUUCUUGGUUGUUUGUUUGGUUAG